AUGGUAGAAGCACUGGAAUCAGAGUCUCGUUUCGAAUUUCGAGAUGAUAAGAUCAAAUAUCCUGCUAUUGUUUUUGCCCGCAAAUGGAGCUUUGACUUCAAUUUUAUCACCUCUGCAUCUGACGAAUACAGCCACGAUUUAUCCAAGCGGGAGCUUUUACGCUUGAUCACAGAUCUUAAAUUGGAUGACCAGGCAAGCAGAAUUUAUCCGCCAUUCUAUCAUGAUACAGAGCGUGGACCAGAAGAGAUAUGGCUAUGGUCCCAGCGGAAGGUGGUUUGGGAUGACUCUUAUUCGUUGCGUGACGUAGUAAACGACCUACACAAUGAUAUCUUACGGCGCCAGGCCUAUGUCAUGUGGGACCGAUCUCGACUUGAUAUAGCUGAAAUCAUACGUCCUCUGCCUGAUGAUUUUCCAAACAGCUUUAUGGGGGAAUUUGAUAGUUAUACUGAACUUUCAAACUCUGAUGAUGAUGAAGACUAA